AUGACAAUAUAUCAUCAUGCUUUGUUGCGAUGGGCUCAUUAUCAGCGGGUUUUCCAGGUCGAUGCGGUGGAAUUAAAAAUUCAUGAAUUUAUUUCGGACGAUUUGUCAUCUCAUUUUAUAAUGAGGCUGAAAGUGUUGUUAGUUGUGGGGUUAAAUAUGAUUUUAGAAUUUGAGUCCAUCACUCAACACUUAUUAUUCCCAAUGUGUUUUAAAAGGAAGGCGCAUGAAAGCAUUAAGACUUCGAAGACGGUCCGAAGACAAAAUAUUUAA